AUGUCCACCAUAAAACUCUACUACUACCCAGGCGCCUGCUCCCUCGCCCCGCACAUCCUCCUCCACGAAACCAAGCUCCCCUUCACACUCUCCAAAGAAGUGGCCGGCCUAACACCCGAGCUGCGAGCCAAAAACCCCAAAGCCAAGAUCCCCGUGCUAACAAUCGACGACACCGUAAUAACCGAGAACAUCGCCAUCCAGACCGCCAUCGGUAAUCUAGCGCCUAGCCUAGCGCUCCUCGGAGCCCCCGGGACGCUCGAGUCAGUGCGUGUCUACGAGUGGCUUUCGUGGCUGUCUACGUCUCUGCACGCGGCGGCGUUCGGGUCGCUUUUCCGGCCGGGGCGGUUUACGACUAGUGAGGACGAGGGCGUGCUGGAGGGGAUUAGGGAUAAGGCGCGGGAGUCGAUUAUGGGUACGUUUGAUCUGGUGGAGGGGAAGUUGACGGGGGUGCAUGCGGUGGGGGAGCGGUUUACGGCUGUUGAUGCUUAUUUGUUUGUGUUUUAUCGGUGGGGCGCGAGGUCGUGGGAUAUGAAGGCGCUGUGGCCUAAGUAUGCGGCUUUGGCGGCGGGGGUGGGGGCCAGGGAGUCGGUUGUUAAGGCGCUUGAGGCUGAGGAGGCGUGA